AUGACGAAGAUGACAGAGUGUACGAAAAGCGCGGUCAUGCUAGACGGAGAAGUGUCUAAAUUCUUCGACAUUGAGCAGGGGGUCCCACAAGGUUGCACGCUGUCCCCGACAUUGUUCCAGGUGUUCAUCAACGAUCUGUUGGAAGUCGUUGAGGCAGUCCGGAAGGGAGUAAAAGUAGGGGACACGGAAACGUCGGUGUCAGGAAUGCUGUUUGCGGAUGAUUUUGUCGGUAUGUCGGACACCCCUGAGGGACUGCAACUGCAAAUUGACGCGGCGAAGAAGUUUACUGAUAAGUGGAGAUUGUCUGCCAACGUUAAGAAGAGUGCCGUCAUGGUAUGCAACGAGGACAAGGAGGAACCAGUAGAACAUAGAUGGAAGUGGGGGAUCGAGGAGAUUGCAGUAGUGGACCAGUACACAUACCU